GCAGCAGGUGGCUCCGCACCGCUCGGCUCCGCUCCGCACCGCACAGCUCGGCUCCGCACCGCUCCGCACCGCCCCGCACCGCCUCGCCGAGGCCCCUGCCGCAGCCAAGACGCCGCGGGCCGUGCUCCGAGUGAAGAAUGGCGCGGCCAAGCUGGCCAAGCCCCCGGCGGCGGCGGCGGCGGCGGGGGAAGCCCCCGGCAGUGCCCCCGGCUCCGGGCUCUUCAUGGAGCGGUCUCAGAGCCGCCUCAGCCUCUCCGCCUCCUUCGAGGCCCUGGCCAUUUAUUUCCCGUGCAUGAACAGCUUCGACGAGGAGGACGCGGAUGGGGACGGUCGGAGACUCAAAGGAGCCAUCCAAAGGAGCACAGAAACGGGGCUGGCUGUCGAAAUGCCCAGCCGGACCGUCCGUCAAGCCAGCCACGAGUCCAUCGAGGACAGCAUGAACAGCUAUGGAUCAGAGGGAAACUUGAAUUUCAGUGGAGUCCAUCUGGCAUCUGCUGGGCAGUUUAGUGACUUCCUGGGGAGCAUGGGCCCUGCACAAUUUGUUGGGCGUCAGACCUUGGCCACCACCUCGAUGGGGGAUGUGGAAAUUGGCUUGCAAGAGCGAAACGGGCAGCUAGAAGUGGAUAUCAUUCAGGCCCGGGGACUGACACCAAAACCCGGCUCCAAAACACUGCCAGCUGCUUACAUCAAAGCCUACCUGUUAGAGAAUGGCGUGUGCAUUGCGAAAAAGAAGACAAAAGUGGCCCGCAAAUCUUUAGACCCUUUGUACAAUCAGGUGUUACUGUUUCCUGAGAGCCCCCAGGGCAAGGUAUUACAGGUGAUAGUCUGGGGAAACUACGGACGCAUGGAGCGCAAGCACUUCAUGGGAGUCGCCAGGGUCCUCCUGGAAGAACUGGAUUUGUCAACUUUAGCAAUUGGCUGGUACAAGCUCUUCCCAACCUCCUCGAUGGUAGAUCCCACUACGGGACCGCUCCUGCGUCAGUCCUCACAGCUUUCCCUGGAGAGCACAGUGGGACCCUGCUGUGACAGGUCUUAGUGAGUAAGGAAGGGGGAACUGCUUUUGUUUUUUAAACAUGCUGUCAAGGUUUUGUUUGCUGGAACUCUGACCUCAAGCGCAAUGCAUGUUCAAUCAGUUCUCGUGGAGCUGGAAGAGGAGGAUAAACCAGUGACCUUAGACAGAAGACGAGGGGGAGGGUGCUGUACCCUCUCCGUCCGGGGAGGAGGUGCCAUGGGGCAUGAGUCCUAGUUGUCAAAUUAGACAUACACCUCUUGUUUCACUUCUCUCGCUGUCAUUCUUGGACCCUUGUUUCAGAUCAGUAUUAACCCUGGAAAGUUGCAGCAUUUGAAAGAGUAUGGGGGGCGUAAGGAAGGUAUUUUGCUUAACUGUGCAUCUUACAAAUUUCUUAGGUUCUUUCUCAUAGUACCUGAAAAAUUCAGAGGCCAAUAUCUGACCUAAAACGAGCAGGAGUAGAAAGGUUGAGAGGAAGCAUUAGUUUUUUUCUGAGAUCUUUCUUCUUCAAAGAAAGAAGAAGAAAGAAACCUGCAACCCUUAAGUACCAAUUCCACAUCAGUGAAUCACGUUAACUGUAACGCUGUCGUUGCUGUGUUUUCAAACUGUGCCAAAUUACCAGCAAGUGUCUUUGCCGCGUUACUUGUCUACCACUGCUGAUGAAGCAUACUUGGUGGGAGAAUAAGCGCCUACUUAGACCAGACAGUUUGAACAGAGUUCGAGUUUAGCAGUCUAAUUAACUGCAAUUUUGCUCAGUAAAAAAGCACGGUAAGUGGGAGCUGAACGUCAGACUUGCUGCUUAAGAUAGGCUUUAUACUGACUCCCUUGUUGCUGUGCAUCCUUCAGCCACAAUGUCUUCUCUCUCCUGCUUUUCUUUCAUCUCCUUUGUGCUGGUACAUAUCUGCUGGAGAUGCUGCCCUUCCUGUUGUGCUAUUGACUGACCUGAAACAGGACUGUUUUAUUCUGCCACGGGAGAGGAGAUUGAGAUUUCUGGGGGUGCAGAAGAAAGAAACCUCAGGUUGUCAUCUGACAAGAAGGUGCUGGAGGGCACACGAUCUUCCUUGAGGAAAGAAAGUCGCUGUAGGCAGUCUCUGUAAUACACAGGCAUUGUCAAGUGUCCUGAGAGAGGAGAUGCUGUCCCCAGAGUAUGGAGCGGUAGUGGGUGAGGAGUCUGAAGACCCGGUGGUCACAGCAUGUAUAUUCUGUUAAUUUAAGUGCAACGCUAGCUGUAAAAGAGUCUCGUAGGUGAACCCAGUAAAGCACAUUCUCUGAGCUGCUGAGUUACAGCAGCUGUCGGCAGCAGUCACAUGCUGCAGUAAGGCAUGCUAGAUCCUUCAGACAAGUAAAAACUUCUAUUUGAAAACACUUAUUAGCCAAAAUAAUGGAGAAUCUCCAACGAUUUCCUGUUAAAAGGCCCUUUCUGGCUAGAUUUUCUCAUAGUCUUAAUGAGGAUUUGAUGGCUGUGGUCUCGAAAUGAGCUUUGGGAGAUGUUUGACUUUGUGGUUUAAUAGUGAAGGUCCCGUGUCAUGUUCAGGAGGGAGCAGAUUCUUGGCCUGUCGUUGAGGAAUACUGAACAUUUAUUUCUGCAUGUGGACCUUGGCUUCGUUAGAAUAAAAGCAUGAGUGUAGAGUGGAUUCUAAAAGCAGUUGCUUUUGGUCCAAGCUUGUCUAUGGCAUUUUAAAUUAUUUUGAGGUAAAUUACAAGAUAGAUGCAAAAAUAAUAGGCCUUACCUUAAUGUCUGUAAAAAUGAUAUAAAGGAGAGGGAAGGAGGAGAAGGGACAUAGAAUUAAUAGGUUUUUGAGUCUUAAGUGGCAAAAGCCUCAGCAUUUCAGAUAAAUCUCUUAAUUUCCUUGAUCAAAUAUGUCUCUGGCCUCUCACUAAUUAUUUUUUCUAAUCGUAUUAGACAAUUUCUAUAUAUUAGAUGAAGAAAGUUUGUUGCAUGCUGAUCAAACUAUGUUGUGGCUCUCUUAUUUAAAAAAAAAAAAAGCACAUUUACUGUAAUUUAAGUCAGCAUCCUUUCCUCUUGGUAUGUAGUGAGUUCUAGGCAAUAUUGUACAAUAUGUGUAUGAACUAGAAUAGAUUAGGUAGAUUUAGUGGUCUGUAGCACUGGAUCUUUUAAUAACUAUGUCUUUAAAAGGACCAUGGGGAGCUCCGGGUACAUUCCAAACCUGGUAACUGAGUAACAGGGCUUCUGUCUUAAGGAAUGCCGAAAACUUCAUAUUGGCAAUCAUUUGGACAUUAUCUACCAGUAACAGCUAGUUAAUCAUGCUUUUCCUGGGUCCAGUGAGAUGAAUGCAACAUUUUUGCAGGCUUUCUUGGGGAGUAGGAGACUAUAUAUGCCAAAAAAAAUGACUUUAUUUAAUGACCCCAUUGAAAAGCUCAGUUCCUCCAUGCCUGGCAAAUGUAACGUGUCUCUGUAUGUCAUCCCUCUAAAAGCUCUGCAAGCUCAAAGACGAUUGGUUUCAUUAAAAUAGGACUACUUCCCAUCGAGGACUAUCUUCCGUAUGUUUUUAAUCAUGCUGAAAGUUCACUGUCAGGGUAAAACAAAGUUAUGCUUCCACUUGUGUUAUUUUGAUUAACAUCUCAGGUUCUGAGUUUGGAGGCAGUUUUAACAGUCUGCUCUGGACAGUUUUCUUCUGCAUUUUUUCCAUGGUUGACCGUAGUCCAGUGAUUCUCGCUUUUGUUUCGAGUCACUUCCAAGUCCUGUUUCUCCACAGUAAGUGAACGUUACAAUCCCUGGCUACCAUGCACAGCACAGUCAUGUGAACUGGCAAGUCCAGAAAUAAACCAGACUCAACAAAACCAACAGACCUUCAUAACCCAACAGACUCGCAGGAGCCCUUUUCAGAGUGCCCAUGGGGCGCAGAGUCUGGGGUCAGUAAAGUUGCACAGUACUGCCCAGCCUAAAUUCUUGCUUCACACAUGCCCACGAUUCCUGAGCUGACCAAGGCAUGUUGUGGUUUAAAAAAAAGAGGUCUUCUAGUUAUCCAUCAGUUUAAAGACCCCCAGUGUAGCAUCCAAGGCAAGUCUCAGGCUUGGGAUAGUUCAUUGUCAUAAAAUAGAAGCUUUUUUCCCCUCAAAUUUGACUUGCCAGUUUCUGUCUAAGGUGGUGUAAUGUGAUAGUUGUGAUUAUCAGUGUGGUUGUGUAAAAAGUAGCAGCUUGCUACGAUGGUGAGCAGCUGAAAACUAAACUUUGGUCCCCUUUAGAAGUCCUGACUGAGUUUUUCUCCUGUGUCUGAGUCUAGCUGUUAAUUAUAAUCAGGGACCGGGGGAGAGAGAGAGAGAGCAGGAGACUUAAAAAAAACCAACCAACCAACCAAAAACAAUUAAACACAAGAAUAUUUUUGGUCUGUGAGUGGUGAUGAGGGAUGAGACUGAGGAGAGAUGAAUAUCUGCCCAGCUCAAGGUUGGUUCCCUGAUCCUUGUGCACGAAAUACUACAUUUUAAUAGUAACGGGAAGGCUGCUUGCAGAAAAAAAAAAUUGAGAGCUGAUCCCUAAAUGUUUCCUGCAUUCCUGUUACUAUGGAAAACGAGGAAAUCCUGAUGCUGAGAGCAUCUCAGAGAGCAGUGAUCUCUCCCCAGUGUCUCCCCGUGCACCUUGUGGUCUGAGCAGAAAGCAGCCGUGACCACAGUUAGCCCGGGUUUGUUCAGGUACAAAUGCGAUGUUCUCCUGGUGUCGCUUUCCCUUUGCCCCAACACAGCUGGGAUGCCACAGAGACAACACGAGGUCCUCACUCUGCAAUUAAAUCCAUGGGUCCUCAUCCUGCGGCCAAACCCACAUGGGCAGGCUGCUGUGCCUCCUUUGCACCGCGUGCAGGCGUCCGCCUCCGCACAGCCACAGCAGGAUAGGAGCCGGGGGACGUCGCUGUUCUGCCAUGCACAUCCCUGACGCUUGGCCAUGGAUUGUUUAGACAAAUAUUGCAGAUUUGUUUGCUUUGAACAAUGAUAUAUAUUUAAUGUUUCUAGCUACUGGAUCCUUUAUCAAUGUACUGUUCUAAAUUGCAGGUCUUCUGGAGUCAGAAUAUCACAAGUUCCUGUAGAGGAGCUGUUUUUAAGGUGUUGAGGCAGUUGAUAGAAUCUCAGCCUAAGCAUGUUUAGCAAUGUUUAGACAGCAAGACAACUUUUUUAUGAAACUCAUUUUAAGUUAGUUUAUUACAUGCUGUUAGUAAUAUUUUAAAGCAGGAAAAAUAUUUUUCUUUAAAGACCAAAUGAUGUAUGUUUUUUAACGGAUAGCAUAAUUUAGUGUUUUCAAAAAUGUUUAAUGUUCUCGGUAUGGAGUUUACUCAUUCUUUUGAUUUCUGUGUUCCUUGUUAUAUUUUAUCAACAUUUUUUCCAAAAGAAAAGAGGCAUAUGUAAAUAAACAACAGAAAAGAGUCCUAUAGGAAAUUCACUUCAAACUGACCAUAAAAUUAUUAGUAAAUAUUUGUCACUGUUCAUUAAAUCUCAGCUACUAUUCAAGCCUUUGUUGAAAAAAAAAUUUGAUGUUGUAUUUUCAAGAUAAAAACAACUUAGCUAGUUUUGUCAUAAUCCUGUACUCUGUAUAAAAAUCUUUUUAUAAAGAAAGUCUAAUAGGCUAACAAGCAAUAAUAUAUUCCAUUUGGUGUGCACAGAUUGUGACUUGCAGGCUGUAGUACAUAUUGUUGAUACAGUUUAUAAUUGUCUUCAAUCUUAAUUCCAUCACUUUUGAAAAAGAUCCAUAUUAACUUUGAUUGUAAAAAGGAAGAUUGGGCUGUUGCCAUGUAAGAAAUAUCCAUCACGUAGAUUUCGCUGUGAGUUUGUGUGCCCAUCGACGUGAAAUCUCUCCUAGGUGAAGAACGAAGCAGCUGUAGGUGACUUCGUACUACAGAGUUAAAAAAUCCUUUCGAUAUGAACUCGAUGACUGUUUCAAGCACCCUGUUUUUCUUAGGCUGUUUAGUAUUUGUAACUCAAUGCGGAUGGUUCCCACUGCCACUGUAGCCCUGAUUAAGCAAAAAAACCCUUUGCACUCUGGGGCCACACAGCUCUGCCCAGUAGCUGCCUGUUUUCCUCGAGAUGGCAGGGGCAAGCUAACGGGAGUUUUUUUCAGAGCAGCAGAUUGAGCUGCUCUUCUUUAAAGGCUUCGUGGGUUGUUUUGUCCAUUUCAUAGAUGGUAUUUGUCCAUUUUGUUAGAAAAUUCCACCCAAGGCAGAGAAAGGUUGCACCUUCGCAGAGGCUCGGGGGGCGGGACGGCCAUGUGAGAUGGGAGCAGGCUGUUCUGUGCCAGUCUUCAGAUAACGCUGGGCUCGUCUACAGAUCUUUCCAAAGUGGCAGGAUCAGGAUAUUGGAUUUUAAGGCAGCUCUAUCAUUGAUGAAGUGCAUAAAAUAAAAGAGCUUCAAACCAGCAUCCCAGUCCAUUGCCUGUGGGUUCCUCGCAAAUCCCCGCCUCGUGCUCAAGGCGGCCAGCCACGCAGACAGCGGUCACCAGCCCAGUGAUGCUGGAAGCCCAGAGGAGUGAUGGAAUAAUUCCCAGUCAUUUGUGAAGUGCUUGGAGAACAAAAAGAGGCGUGUAAAUGCAAAGUGCCAGCAGUAGCCCAGGAAAA